UGGCGAGGAACAGUCAGAUAUCGAGAAGAAAAUAUGUGAAAAGCUGGAAAAAAUAUAAAUAAACGUAAGAAUUUUGCAAUGGAAGGCGAAAAAAUUUUAAUGGCUGCAGGCGUAACUGUCGCUGCGGUUGUCGGAGCAUUUGUUUUUUGGGGUCCUUCAGGUUCCUCACGUUUGCGACAACGAAGGGGCCAAAUUGCAGGGCUGCAUAAUUUCGGACAAACUUGUUUUUUAAAUACGUUGCUUCAGUCACUAGCCGCUUGUCCCCAAUUUAUAGCUUGGUUGCAGUUAUAUAACAACGCCAACUCGGACCGGAAGAGUCUGAUAUCAUCCCUGUUGAAUACUCUUGAAGUAAUAAAUGGCACUCACUCUACUCUGAGAGGGGAUCCCUAUUCUCCAGGUGCUGUUAUGCGCGCCCUUCAUGCUCUGGGCUGGGUUAUACCACAAGAAGAACAUGAUGCCCAUGAGCUAUUCCAUGUAAUGCUGGCGUCUCUUGAAGAAGAGGCUUUGAGACCAAAGAAGGUGGGAUGUCUUUCAGAUGCAUUACCCGCAACCCUAGGUGGUGGGGAUGGAGAUCAACCCAACAGACCAUCAAGCGCUAUGUUAACGGAUUUUCUGAAUACCGACUACGAUGAGUCAACUAACUUAACUCGUUUGGUACGUUCUGAAGCACAUACACCAGAUUCACCAUCUUCAGUAUGCGAGCGUGAGAUGUGCCCCGGUGAGGGCGCAGGUACUUGUACAUCUCCAACUGAAGUAAUGGAGUUUGAUCCGCUAGCAUCUCCAGUGUUGGGUGGAGAACGAGCUAGUCGAGCACGUACAGCACAAAUAAAUAGGCGUCAGUGGCCUGAAGCCUUAAACAAACGUGUUUCCACAUCAUGUCGGUCCUUAGAGCGUCUAAGUCGUGGUCCAGGAAGGGUAUCUAUUUGGUCCGAUCAAAUGCCAGCUCAAGUUUCGAUACCUUUCCAAGGUGCAAUGGGCACACAAAUUGUAUGCAACGGCUGCGGAUUUAAGUCCACUGUACGUUAUGACAAGUUUGACAGCAUUACAUUGAAUUUGCCACCUCAACGUCGAUCAGGUCUCAGCUUGGGACACUUGUUGAGCGAAUACAUAACGUCUGAAGAAUUGAAUGAUGUAAAAUGUGAAUCCUGUAAUGAAACCACCAAUCACACAAAAUCACUGACUUUCGCCAAAUUGCCGGGUUGUCUCUGUAUACAUAUUGCCCGAACAGUAUGGCUGCCAACUGGUCAAAUUUGUAAGCGCCAGGAUUAUGUCCAUUUUCCUGAAAGUUUGUCAAUGGCACCAUACAGCUUUGUUCAGCCGCAUUUGAAUAGUCAAGCCGGCACCCCAUGGGGAUCGACAAUGUCACUUUUCUCUUCUAGUCUACCCAUGAACAGUUUGGGUGGCAGUGGCAUGGAUUCAUAUAGCAGUGCUUUUGGUGCAAUGUUUCCCAAAAAUCUGUACAGACUUUUAGCCGUUGUUGUCCACUCGGGUGAAGCAAGCAGCGGCCACUUCGUAACUUACCGUAGAGGAGCUUUGAGAAAUGCACAUCGUUGGUUUUACACCUCAGACACUGUUGUGCGUGAAGUUUCCAUAGAGGAGGUGCUUAGCGUACCAGCAUAUUUACUCUUUUAUGACCGUGGCCCGCAGCGACGCUAAAGUGUUUAUUGGGGAGGGUGGGAAACUCGUUAAUUUUGAUACUAAAAACUAGUUGCUAAAGUCAUUCAUAACUUAAGCUAAUUAUAAAAAAGCCUGGUUGCUGUAAUGUGUAGUAGCAAAAAAUAUAAUUUUUAUCAAUCGCAGAGAUCUGCUGCUUAUAAAUGUCAA